AUGACUCUGAACGGCGGCGGCAGCGGAGCCGGCGGGAACCGCGGCGGGGGCCGGGAACGCGAUCGCCGUCGGGGCAGCACACCUUGGGGCCCCGCGCCCCCGCUGCACCGCCGGAGCAUGCCGGUGGACGAGCGCGACCUGCAGGCGGCGCUGUCUCCGGGCGCUCUGACAACGUCCGAAGCCGGGACAGGGGCCCAGGGUCCGAGGCUGGACUGGCCCGAGGGCUCCUCCGACUCGCUCAGCUCGGGAGGAAGCGAUUCAGACGAGAGCGUUUACAAGGUGCUGCUGCUGGGGGCGCCUGGCGUGGGCAAGAGCGCUCUGGCGCGCAUCUUCGGAGGUGUAGAGGACGGGCCUGAAGCGGAAGCCGCAGGGCACACAUAUGACCGCUCCAUCACGGUGGAUGGAGAAGAGGCAUCACUCAUGGUCUAUGACAUUUGGGAUCAGGAUGGGGGUCGCUGGCUACCCGGCCACUGCCUGGCCAUGGGAGAUGCAUAUGUCAUCGUGUACUCAGUGACUGACAAGGGCAGCUUCGAGAAGGCCUCAGAGCUGCGGGUCCAGCUGCGGCGGGCGCGGCAGACUGAUGAUGUGCCCAUCAUCCUAGUGGGCAACAAGAGCGACCUGGUGCGCUCUCGAGAGGUCUCCUUGGACGAGGGCCGGGCCUGCGCCGUUGUCUUUGACUGCAAGUUCAUUGAGACGUCGGCUGCGCUGCACCACAACGUCCAGGCGCUGUUCGAGGGUGUCGUGCGUCAGAUACGCCUGCGCAGGGACAGCAAAGAGGCCAACGCACGUCGGCAAGCGGGUACGCGGCGGCGAGAGAGCCUGGGCAAGAAGGCGAAGCGCUUCCUGGGCCGCAUUGUCGCUCGAAACAGCCGCAAGAUGGCCAUGCGUGCCAAGUCCAAGUCCUGCCACGACCUGUCGGUGCUCUAG